GGCCAACAAACGGCUACGCAUUUACUCAGCUUCUUUGGAAUCACCGUCAAUUCAAUUCAAUACACAAAAGCAAUCAAAUACAACUACUAGCUCACCCAUGCAUCCACCACAACAAACAUCUCUCUCUCUAUAUAUAUAAUAUAAUGUAAUAUAAGAAUAAUAAUCAGUAAUUUCAUUAUUCUCUAUCAUUCUAUUAUUCUCGAUCAUGGAGUCGUCAUACAACAAACAGGUGGUCCUCAUCACAGGCUGUACCACUGGCGGCAUAGGCCACGCGCUCGCACGAGCCUUCGCCGCCGAGAAAUGCGUGGUGGUGGCGACGAGUCGGUCUCGGUCGUCCAUGGCGGACCUGGAAGAGGACUCAAGGUUCUUCCUUCAAGAGCUCGACGUGUUGUCCGAUGAGAGCGUCCAAAACGUUCUCUCCAAUGUUCUUCACGAGUUUGGACGCAUCGAUGUCCUCGUCAACAAUGCUGGGGUCCAAUUCGUAGGACCUCUUGCUGAGAUCCCUCUUUCUGCAAUUCAAGCUACUUUCAAUACCAAUGUUUAUGGUACCAUGAGAUUGAUACAAGCUGUGGUGCCUCACAUGGCCUCUAGAAAGAAGGGAAAGAUUGUAAAUGUGGGAAGUGUUUCUGUUUUGGCCCCUCCACCAUGGGCAGGUGCUUACACUGCAUCUAAGGCUGCUCUACAUGCACUAACUGAUUCCUUGAGAUUGGAACUUAGGCCAUUUGGGAUCGAUGUUAUCAAUGUUGUCCCAGGAGCCAUUAGAUCAAACCUAGGAAAUUCUGCUGCAGCUAGCUACAGUCGAAUGCCUGAAUGGAAAUUAUACAAGCAAUUCAAUGAAGCAAUCCGAGCAAGAGCCUACUUCUCACAGGGCGCAAAGUCAACCCCUUCUGAAGAGUUUGCGAAGAAGACAGUAGCAGCAGUGCUGAAAAAGAAUCCACCAUCUUGGUUCUCUUAUGGCCAUUACUCAACCAUAAUGGCAAUCAUGUACCAUCUUCCACUAUUUGUUAAAGAUUUCAUUCUUAGGAAGGCAAUGAAAUGUUAGAAUUUGUAAUUGAACAUACAAUAAUGCUGUGUUGUCAGAUUUCAUUAUUAGUAAGGCAAUGAAAUGUGCUGCACUCUCAAGUCCUAACCGAACUGAGGUUCAAGUCCCCUUCCAGGUGCUUUAUAUAUGCAUAUAAUGCAUAAUGUACACAACACAGUGUAUUAUAUUCUGAUUGAUGGUAUAGUGCUGAUAUACAAACAGAAAAGCCGUACAUAAAUUUCAUA